AUGAAUCGGCAAUUUCUGCGAGAGGAGAUUCAGAAGAUACUUCAACGUUGGCACCAGCUUAGACAACAGUUUGGUGACCAAGCGAUUAAUGUACCGGAGUUUACUCACCUCAGUAAAAUUAUUAAGUAUCUCCAACAACAAAACCAGCAGUCGCUUCAGAGAAAGACUACUCCACAGGACACAACACAGUCACAUACUCAACACCAGAUUCCGCAGCAGCAACAGCAGCAGUUUCAAGCUCUGCCUCAGGUCGCUCAACCAAUUAAUAGUUCAAAUGGUACCCCAUCUGUUCCAAAUGCAAUGAUGGGACAAGUUCCAGGAAAUAUGGGAGGAAAUACACAGAGAACAGUUCCACAACAACAAUUUCAGCCACCGCAGCAAUCGACAUUUACACCUCAGACCCAGGCACCGCAAGUGGUUCCUCAACAACAAAUGCCAUUUCAGAAUGGAGCACCUGUGAACUCGAACAAUAUACCACCAACUAUGCAAAAUAAUGUAAAUACUUCAUCCGAAUCAGCGUUUUCAGCACAACAAGUACAGAUGUUGAAGGUUCAAUUUCAGGCGUUUAAGUUUCUUUUGAAAAGCCCUGGACCUGGUAGUCCAUUGAUUCCCCAGAAUGUGAUAGACUUCGUUACAAAUGAUAGAUUAGCUUUUGCGAAUGGAAACUAUCUACCAUCUAUUGGUCAACAACCAGUUAUUAAUACACAAACUCCACAGUUUGCCCAACUGCAAUUACCAUCUAGACAUCCGUCGCAAACUCAAAGCUCAUUGGGCCCUAACUCGCAAUCACCUAUGAUGCCGAUGCAGCAAAAUAUGCCACAAGUGAAUAAACCAAUGCCCCCUAAUAGUAUUCCUUUUACAGCCCUGCAGGAAGACCUUCUGAACAGUCUUAAGAAACAAAAUAAAAGAGGUCCUAAACCAAAAAUGUUGAAUCAAGGCAUUAACUCUAAUACAGUAUCUGCAAAUCAAGUACCUGGUCAGCAAAUACCAAAGCGACAACCUAGCAUUAAGCCUUCUAUGAAGGAUCGUAGUUUAACACCUUCAACGAAUAAUUCAUUCAACCCCGUGUGUCUUGAACCUAAGCCACCAGUCAACAUUGAUGAAUUGGUACCUGAUAGAGCUACUACGACUAAGACAAUAGUUCCUAUAAAUAGGCCUAAUGUUCAAGUUGAUUGUUUCGAAGUGCCGGACAUUUUGAGUGAUAAAUUCAAGGAUAUCCCUUACACUGCUUUAUACACAGUUCAAAGUCGUUUCCAAAUUCCAGGACUCUUGCCAGAAGGAAUCGACAUGGAGAAUAUCAUGAAUAAUAGGGAAGCUUUAAUCAUACUUCAGAUUGAUCAAAAGAUUACAUAUUUGCGUAAUCAAUUAAAGGAAUCUGAUAGCGAAGAUGAGAGUAAUCAAAUAAAGGCAGAAAUAAGCAAAUUAGAAUUGUUGCCUUAUCAAAAAGAAUUACGUGGAAAAAUUUUAUCGCAAGCUUGGUUUAGUAAAUCUUUAUUACCAAAUUCACACCCUAACUUUCUAGCAAAGUUCAAUAAUUUGUCUAGCGAUAAUGUGACAUUGACGCAUGAACUCUAUAAACAACAGCUACAUUCGUUGGUUCAAGCCCAGAACAAAAAACAUCAAAGUACGAUCAAAGAGAUAUUAUCGGCAAAAGCUAUGAGAAAUAGAAGACAGUUUAGCAAAAAGGAGAAGAUUGAGAGAUUUUCUAACAAAAUCAGUAGUUUCCAUAGCCAAACAGCUAAAGAAGAACAGAAAAAGCUAGAGAAAAUGGCCAAGCAACGUUUACAAGCCUUGAAACUGAAUGAUGAAGAAGCAUACUUGAAAUUAUUAGAUCAUACCAAAGACACUAGAAUCACUCACUUGUUAAAACAAACUAAUCAAUUUUUAGAUUCUUUAGCUCAAGCAGUUCAAUCUCAACAACAAGAAUCACAUGAUAGAGCACAAAGAGCCGUUCCGGAUAAUAAUGUAGAUGUUUCUAAUGAUGAAGAAAAACGUGAAAAGAUGGACUAUUAUCACGUAGCGCAUCGUAUCAAGGAAGAGGUGACUAAACAACCAUCUAUAUUAGUUGGUGGGACGCUUAAGGAAUACCAAAUAAAAGGUUUGCAAUGGAUGGUGUCCUUAUUCAACAAUCAUUUGAAUGGGAUUUUGGCUGAUGAAAUGGGUCUCGGUAAGACCAUUCAAACAAUUUCCUUAUUAACGUACUUAAUAGAAAUUAAAAAAAUCUCAGGCCCAUUUCUAGUUAUCGUACCAUUGUCAACAUUGACAAAUUGGAAUAUAGAAUUUGAAAAAUGGGCACCAGGAGUUAGAAAGAUUACUUAUAAGGGAACUCCAACUCAACGUAAAGUUUUGCAGCAUGAUAUUAAGCUGGGAAAUUUCCAAAUUUUAUUAACAACUUUUGAAUACAUUAUUAAAGACAGGAACUUAUUAUCCAAAGUCAAAUGGGUACAUAUGAUUAUUGAUGAAGGACAUCGUAUGAAAAAUGCCAAUUCGAAAUUAUCAGAAACUUUGACUCAUCAUUACCACAGUGAUUACCGUUUGAUUUUAACUGGUACGCCAUUACAAAACAACUUACCAGAAUUAUGGGCAUUAUUAAAUUUUGUUUUACCAAAGAUUUUUAACUCAGUUAAGUCGUUCGAUGAAUGGUUUAAUACGCCAUUUGCAAAUACAGGUGGUCAAGAUAAAAUUGAAUUGAGCGAAGAAGAGACAUUAUUGGUUAUUAGAAGAUUGCAUAAGGUUUUGAGACCCUUCCUUUUAAGAAGAUUGAAGAAAGAUGUUGAAAAAGAUUUACCAAAUAAAGUAGAAAAAGUUGUGAAGUGCAAAAUGUCUUCUUUACAAUCUAAAUUGUAUCAACAAAUGUUGAAGCAUAACAUAUUGUAUGCGAGUAAACCUGAUGAGGGCGAUAAACCUGUUUUAAUUAAAAAUGCUAAUAAUCAAAUUAUGCAGUUAAGAAAGAUAUGUAAUCAUCCAUUUGUUUAUGAAGAGGUGGAAAAUCUAAUCAAUCCCGCUUCUGAAACUAAUGAUCAAAUUUGGAGAGUUGCCGGUAAAUUUGAGUUGUUGGAUAAAGUAUUACCUAAGUUUAAGAAUAGCGGUCAUAGAGUUUUAAUUUUCUUUCAAAUGACUCAAAUCAUGGACAUCAUGGAAGAUUUCUUAAGAUUGCGUGGCAUGAAAUACAUGAGGUUGGAUGGUGGUACAAAGGCAGAUGAUAGAACUGGAUUACUUAAAUUAUUUAAUGCACCUGAUUCAGAUUAUUUUUGUUUCUUAUUGUCUACUAGAGCAGGUGGCUUAGGUUUGAAUUUACAGACUGCUGAUACUGUUAUAAUCUUUGAUACUGAUUGGAACCCGCAUCAGGAUUUACAAGCUCAAGAUAGAGCUCAUCGUAUUGGUCAAAAGAAUGAAGUCAGAAUUUUAAGAUUGAUCACUGAAGAUUCUGUUGAAGAAAUGAUUUUAGAAAGAGCGCAUGCUAAGUUGGAGAUUGACGGUAAGGUUAUCCAGGCAGGUAAGUUUGACAAUAAAUCAACAGCCGAAGAACAAGAAGCAUUGUUAAGAGCCUUGCUUGAAAAGGAAGAAGAACGUAAACAAAAGGGAAUUGUUGAUGACAAUGAUGAUUUGGAUGAUGAUGAACUUAAUCAAGUUAUUGCAAGAAAUGAUGAUGAGUUAAUUGCAUUUAGGAAAUUAGAUGAAGAGAGAUCAAUCGAGACUAAGGAAGCCUCUUAUCCAAGUCGUUUAUACAGUGAUCAAGAAUUGCCUGAAAUUUAUCAAAAAGAUCCUGAAGUUAUAUUAAAGAAGGAUGAAGUUAUUGAAGAGUAUGGAAGAGGAAAUAGAGAACGUAGAACAGCGUUAUAUGAUGACAAUUUGACUGAGGAACAAUGGUUGAAAACAAUCGAAGGAGUUGUAUCGGAUGAUAGUGAUGGUGAACGAGAUUCCAAACCAAAACGUGCAAGAGGUAGGCCUCGUGGAAUGCCUCGCUCUAAUGAUGAUACAGAUAUGGAUGAAAAUGGAGAAUUUCGUUCGCAGACCGGCUCUGUAAGUUCUAAGAAACGUAAAGCGUUUAUAGAUGAUGAUCUAAGUGAUGAUUCGUCUGCAAAGAGACAAAGACAAAGUACACCUAAAUCUUCUGGUCCUCGUGGCCGUGGAAGGGGUAGAGGACGCGGUGGUCGCGGAAGAGGAUCUUUAUUAUAUCGUGCUACUCCAGCAAUUGAUCCGUUGUCUCCUGAUGAAAGACAAACUUUACAAGGAAAUAUGAUUACUAUAUACGAUUCAAUAAUUAAUCAUACAGAUGAUCAAGGAAGAAGAUUAAGUGAUUUAUUCUUGCAAAAGCCGUCGAAAAAGUUAUACCCUGAUUACUACGUUUUAAUCAAACAUCCAAUAGCUUUGGAUAUAAUCAAGAAACGAAUACAAGGUAAAAGUUAUACAAAUAUUCGAGAAACAUUAGAAGACUUCCAUUUAAUGUUCAGUAAUGCAAAAAUUUACAAUGAAGAAGGAUCAAUUGUUUACCAGGAUGCUGUAUCACUUGAAGACCUUGUGGUCGAAAAGUUUGAGGAAUUGUGCUCUGACUUGGAGCCCGAAGAGAUGAAGAAGACGCUUGAUUUCACAGAUUUUGACGAGAUAUUUAAUUUAAAACCUUUAUCAUCAAAUUCUGCAGUCAAGCAGCCUAUAGACCGCAAAAUUGAAGAGUUAGAUGCAGACGAAUCUUUUGAAAGUCCAAUGUCCAUUUCUGGAGCAGACGGAUUGGAUUUCGAUGAAACACCCUUAGAUAUUAACUAA